AUGAACAUAUUCACUAAAAUUGACUUAGUCAGGGCAUAUCACAAUAUCCCGGUGGCUGAUGAAGAUAUUCCCAAGACAGCUAUUACUACACCCUUUGGCUUAUUCGAGUUUGUACGCAUGCCAUUCGGCCUGAGAAAUGCGGCACAGACAUUUCAAAGAUUCAUAGAUAACCUACUUCGAGAUAUGCCAUUUGCGCAGGGGUAUAUAGACGACUUGUUAAUUGCCAGCCCCGAUUUGCAAUCACACGAACAGCAUGUACAAGCAGUGUUGAAAAGACUGGAUGAACAUGGAAUAAACAUACAUCAAAGUAAGUGUGUUUUCGGUGUUCAAACUUUAGAAUUUCUCGGUCACACAAUAAGCCCAGAAGGGAUUAAACCUAUCAAAAAAGAAGUGGAUACCAUCAAACAAUACCCCGUACCUAGUUCUCUAACACAACUGAGAAGUUUUCUAGGCCUAAUUAACUUUUAUCGCAGAUUCAUACCAGGUUGUGCACAAUUAAUGCAACCUUUGACAGAUUCACUUAAAGGAAAACCAAAAGAAUUCAAACUGUCUUCUGACGCCAUCGAAGCUAUUAAACAGCUUAAAGAUAAACUGGCUCAAGCAACUACGUUGAUAUAUCCGAAUUCUCUUUCCCCACUUGCUUUGAUGGUGGAUGCUUCAGAUAAAGCAGUAGGCGAAGCUUGUGAAUGGGCUUGGGAAUUAUUGACGGAAGUGUGGAAAAUACCGAGUGAACGUUUGUAUGUUACAUACUUUGGUGGUGAUAUCUCAAAUGGUCUACCUGCAGAUGAAGAAGCGCGUGACAUUUGGAUUUCAAUUGGAUUACCUAAGGAUCACGUGCUUCCGUUUGGUAUGAAAGAGAACUUUUGGGAGAUGGGUGAAACAGGUCCUUGUGGCCCUUGCUCUGAAAUACACUAUGAUCGUAUAGGAGAUCGUGCUGCUGCUCAUUUGGUUAAUCAAGAUGAUCCAGAUGUACUGGAAAUAUGGAACCUUGUGUUCAUACAGUUUAACCGGGAAGAGGGUGGAUCUUUAAAACCUCUACCGGCAAAACAUAUUGAUACGGGCAUGGGAUUUGAGCGGGUCUUGUCAGUUCUUCAGAACAAACGAUCUAAUUAUGAUACAGACUUAUUCGUACCUUUAUUCAAGACAAUCGAAGCUGGCACUAAUACAAGACCCUAUACGGGCAAAGUGGGAGUUGAAGAUACUGAUAAAAUUGAUAUGGCUUAUCGUGUACUAGCUGAUCAUGCUCGAGUUCUGACCAUUGCUUUAGGCGACGGUGGACGUGCUCAGAACACUGGUCGAGGAUAUGUGAUCCGUCGCAUUUUAAGACGUGCUGUUAGAUUUGCUAUUGAGGUUUUAAACGCGAAGCCUGGAAAUGCUUUCCCAGAAGUAACCCGAGAUCCGGAUACAAUAAAAGAACUUAUUAAUGAAGAAGAAGAACAGUUUUUAGUUACUUUAAAGCGUGGCCGACGUUUCCUUGAUCGUGUAAUCAAAGAUUUAAAAGUAUCAGGGAGUAACAGCACUACGUUGUCCGGUGAAGUUGCAUGGGGUUUAUAUGAAACCUACGGUUUUCCUUUGGAUUUAACACAAAUACUGGCUGAAGAACACCAUUUAAAGAUUGAUUUAAAUGGAUAUGAAAAAGCUAAAGAAGAAGCUCAAAUUCGUAGUCAGAGCAGAAAAUGUACAGGUGGUUCAAUUGUGGAUCUCGAUGUACAUGCAUUGGCUGAACUAAAAAGUAAAAAUAUAUCAGUAACAGAUGACUCAGACAAAUUUGUCUAUACAUCAGAUCUUAAUGGAAAUUAUGUUUUCCCAGAUUCUGAAGCUACAGUUUUAGCUAUUCGUUAUGAAAAUAAAUUUGUCGAAAGUGUCGAUUCAAGCAGUCAAAUGUGUGGGAUUAUUUUGAACAAAACUAUAUUUUAUGCAGAAUCUGGAGGACAGUUAUAUGACCAUGGUUUUAUAACAAGUUUAACAGAUGAGGUUACUGAAUUUAGCAUUUUAGAUAUACAAUGCCGUGGUGGUUAUAUCUUACAUAUUGGAACUUUACAUGGCAAAUUAAAUGUUGGCAGCAGAGUACUUCUUUCAUUAGAUACUGUACGACGUACAGCUUUAAUGCGUAAUCAUACUGGAACUCAUGUAUUAAAUUUUGCUCUUCGUGAAUUAGUAGAUGAAUCAGAACAAAAGGGUAGUUUAGUUGCACCAGACCGUUUACGAUUUGAUUUUACCGCCAAGCGGGGUAUGACUCGUGAUGAAUUAGCUAAAGCUGAGGAAAUCUGUGAUACGAUGAUAAGCAAACGUUUGAAUGUCUAUUCAUCAAAUGUUUCACUGUCAUAUGCUAAAACUAUUCAGGGAGUGCGUGCAGUGUUCGGUGAAGCGUAUCCUGAUCCUGUUCGAGUCGUUUCUAUUGGAGUUCCUGUGACAAGUUUAGUAGCUGAUCCAGAAAAGGGAUAUGGUAAAACUACCUCAGUUGAAUUCUGUGGAGGAACUCAUGUUCUUAACACUAAACAUAUUGGAGUUUUAGUGAUUGUUAGUGAGGAGGCCAUAUCUAAAGGUGUUCGACGUAUUAUAGCUCUUACUGGUCACGAAGCUGAACGUGCACAAAAAGAAGCUUUACGUCUUGAUAAUGAAGUUAAUGAAUUAAUUCAAUUUGUGAAUAAAUCAAUUUCUCUUAGUCAAAAUAAUAAUGUAACUGAUGACUUCAAUAUUAAUCGACAAAUAUCCAAUUUAUCAGAACUUGUUUCACGCGCCGUUAUCAGUCAACAUCAUCGAGAAAAUUUACGUGAAAAAUUGUUUGAAGCAAAAAAAUUAUUAGAUGCACGUGAUAAAGCAUCGAGAACAGCGACUACUUCUAAGGUUUUAGAAGAGGCUCGAUUAUUAGGUGAAACUCUUUCUAACUCUCCCAGUAAUUAUAUCAUUCAUGUGUUCGAUGCUCAAUCGAAUACAAAAAUUAUGAAUUCUGCUAUAAAAGAAAUAGAACGAAUAUGUCCAAAUAAAGCUGUAAUGGUAAUUUCUUCAGAUCUCGUUUCAAAGAAAUUGACUGUUCUUUGUCAAGUCCCAAAAGUACUUGUUUCACAUGGUUUAAAAGCUAAUGAAUGGGUUACACAUAUUAGUAAAACAAUGGAUGGAAAAGGAGGUGGUAAAGAAAGUUCAGCUCAAGCUGUUGGCAGUCGUAUUGAUACUUUAGAAGAAGUAAUUCGUCUAGCUGAUAUAUUUGCUAGUACAAAGUUAACUAACAAUUAA